AUGGUAACAUUGAACCAGUACACUUUCACACAAGUACUACGACCAUACUGCAACCCUUGCAAAGGCGAGUCACAAGGCGGGAAGGGAAAAGCAAUCACCACUCCACCAAAGAAAAAGUACUAUGUAAAUCCACCAGGAGGCAGGACUUAUAAAGUUGGAGAGAACAGACGGUAUUCGCCUUUCCACUAUCCCGGUCAGUCCAAAAUGGAAUGGGUGGUGGCUCGCAUGGAUGACAUAUUGAAUUGGGGCAGACAGGGCUCCCUGUGGCCUCUAACGUUUGGUCUGGCUUGUUGUGCUUUGGAGAUGAUGCACUAUGCUGCUUCUAGAUACGACAUGGACCGCUACGGCAUGGUGUUCCGCGGCACUCCUCGCCAGACUGACGUCAUCAUCGUCGCCGGCACCGUCACCAACAAGAUGGCGCCGAUCCUCCGCAAGACCUUUGAUCAGAUGCCCAACCCUAAGUACGUUGUGUCGAUGGGCAGCUGCGCGAACGGCGGCGGGUACUACCACUACACGUACUCCACUGUACGCGGCGCUGACAGGAUUAUACCGGUGGAUAUCUACGUGCCCGGUUGUCCUCCCACCGCAGAAGCCCUGCUAUACGCUAUGCUAGUUCUACAGAAGAAAGUCAAACGUAUGCGAAUGUGCCAAACCUGGUAUAGACACUAGUAUUAUAAAACAUAUUUCUAAUACUAAUACUAAUAUUAUA